AUGACACUCUUCUUUUCCUCCUCGUUGCUUAUCGCGUUCUUGACGGAGGUGGACGCCAUCAGCUUCGUGGAGUGCUCCCAUCUAGCCACAAACAGAAUCAUCAUUGUCUUCUUUUCUUCUCCUCUUCCACCAGCCGCGACCGUGAAAGAAGCAGAGAAAAAGAAACCCGACGGUGACAACAGAGCUCUUGGCGAGCUUCUCGGCGACAGAAGAGACGGUGAUCCCAAUGGAGACGGUGAUCCCAAGGGAGACGGCGGUAGAUCACCGGAGAAGUUGGAGGAGGAAGCCCGGAAAGCCGCCAGAACCCUACUCCCACGGCGGUUCCGGUGUUCAACACAAGGUUAG